GACGCCAUUCCCACAAUGCUCCGGGGCGUGCCGCCGCCGCCGUCGCUGCCGCCUCCGCUACCGCUAGUGGAAGAAGAUGGCGGAAGGCGGAGCGGCGGACCUGGACACCCAGCGUUCUGACAUCGCCACGCUGCUCAAAACCUCGCUCCGGAAAGGGGACACCUGGUAUCUAGUAGAUAGUCGGUGGUUCAAACAGUGGAAAAAAUAUGUUGGCUUUGACAGUUGGGACAAAUACCAGAUGGGAGAUCAAAAUGUCUAUCCUGGACCCAUCGAUAACUCUGGACUUCUCAAAGAUGGUGACGCGCAGUCACUUAAGGAGCACCUUAUCGAUGAGUUGGAUUACAUACUAUUGCCAACUGAGGGCUGGAAUAAACUUGUCAGCUGGUACACACUGAUGGAAGGCCAGGAGCCAAUAGCAAGAAAGGUGGUAGAACAGGGUAUGUUUGUAAAGCACUGCAAAGUAGAAGUCUACCUCACAGAACUGAAGCUCUGUGAGAAUGGGAACAUGAACAAUGUUGUAACUCGGAGGUUUAGCAAAGCUGACACAAUAGAUACGAUUGAAAAGGAAAUAAGAAAAAUCUUCAAUAUUCCAGAUGAAAAGGAGGCCAGACUGUGGAACAAAUAUAUGAGUAACACAUUUGAGCCACUGAAUAAGCCCGACAGCACCAUCCAGGAUGCUGGCCUAUACCAAGGACAGGUGUUAGUGAUAGAACAAAAAAAUGAAGAUGGAACGUGGCCCAGGGGUCCCUCUACUCCUAAGUCCCCAGGUGCAUCCAAUUUUUCAACUUUACCAAAGAUCUCUCCUUCAUCUCUAUCAAAUAAUUAUAACAACAUCAACAACAGAAAUGUGAAAAACUCAAAUUACUGUCUCCCAUCAUAUACUGCUUAUAAGAACUAUGAUUAUUCAGAACCUGGAAGAAACAAUGAACAGCCAGGCCUGUGUGGCUUAAGUAACUUGGGAAAUACAUGUUUCAUGAAUUCAGCCAUUCAGUGUUUGAGCAACACACCUCCACUUACUGAAUAUUUCCUCAAUGAUAAGUACCAAGAAGAGCUGAAUUUUGACAAUCCCUUAGGAAUGAGAGGUGAAAUAGCUAAAUCAUACGCUGAACUCAUCAAGCAGAUGUGGUCUGGAAAGUUUAGCUACGUCACUCCAAGAGCAUUUAAGACACAGGUAGGACGUUUUGCACCUCAGUUCUCUGGAUAUCAACAGCAAGACUGCCAAGAACUACUAGCUUUCCUAUUAGAUGGAUUACAUGAGGAUUUGAAUAGAAUUAGGAAAAAACCAUAUAUCCAGUUAAAAGAUGCUGAUGGGAGGCCAGACAAGGUGGUUGCUGAAGAAGCCUGGGAAAACCAUUUAAAACGAAAUGAUUCCAUCAUAGUAGAUAUAUUUCAUGGCCUUUUCAAGUCUACGUUAGUGUGUCCUGAAUGUGCUAAGAUCUCAGUGACCUUUGACCCUUUCUGUUACUUGACACUUCCAUUGCCUAUGAAAAAAGAACGUAGCUUGGAAGUUUAUUUAGUUAGAAUGGAUCCACUUGCUAAACCUAUGCAAUACAAAGUUAUUGUGCCCAAAAUUGGAAAUAUACUAGAUCUUUGUACAGCACUGUCUGCUUUGUCGGGAGUACCUGCAGAUAAGAUGAUAGUCACUGACAUAUACAAUCAUAGAUUUCACAGGAUAUUUGCUGUGGAUGAAAACCUAAGUAGUAUUAUGGAGCGGGAUGAUAUUUACGUGUUUGAAAUUAACAUCAACAGGACAGAAGACACAGAACAUGUAGUUAUUCCUGUUUGCCUAAGAGAAAAAUUCAGACACUCAAGUUACACUCACCAUACUGGCUCUUCCCUGUUCGGCCAGCCUUUUCUUAUGGCUGUACCACGAAACAACACUGAAGAUAAACUCUAUAAUCUCCUACUCUUGAGAAUGUGCCGGUAUGUCAAGAUGUCUACUGAAACUGAGGAAACAGAUGGACACCUACGUUGCUGUGAGGACCAGAAUAUUAAUGGAAAUGGGCCAAAUGGCAUUCAUGAAGAGGGGUCACCAAGUGAGAUGGAAACCGAUGAACCAGAUGAUGAGUCCAGCCAGGAUCAAGAGCUUCCCUCAGAGAACGAGAACAGCCAGUCUGAAGAUUCUGUCGGAGGAGAUAACGAUUCUGAGAACGGAUUGUGUACAGAGGAAACAUGCAAAGGUCAACUCACGGGACACAAGAAGCGAUUGUUUACAUUCCAGUUCAACAACCUAGGCAACACUGACAUCAACUACAUCAAAGAUGACACCAGGCAUAUACGAUUUGAUGACAGGCAGCUUCGGCUAGACGAAAGAUCUUUUCUCGCUUUGGACUGGGACCCUGACUUGAAGAAGAGAUAUUUUGAUGAGAAUGCUGCAGAGGAUUUUGAAAAACAUGAAAGCGUGGAAUACAAACCUCCAAAAAGGCCCUUUGUGAAGUUAAAAGACUGCAUUGAACUCUUCACCACAAAGGAGAAGCUAGGUGCUGAAGACCCCUGGUAUUGUCCAAAUUGUAAAGAGCAUCAGCAAGCCACAAAGAAAUUAGAUCUGUGGUCCCUGCCUCCAGUUCUUGUGGUGCAUCUCAAGAGAUUCUCCUAUAGUCGCUACAUGAGAGACAAGCUAGAUACGUUAGUCGAUUUUCCCAUCAGUGACUUGGAUAUGUCAGAAUUCCUCAUUAACCCAAAUGCAGGCCCUUGCCGCUAUAAUUUGAUUGCUGUUUCCAACCACUAUGGAGGGAUGGGAGGAGGACAUUAUACUGCUUUUGCAAAAAACAAAGAUGAUGGAAAAUGGUACUAUUUUGAUGACAGUAGCGUCUCCACUGCAUCUGAAGACCAAAUCGUGUCCAAAGCAGCGUACGUGCUCUUCUACCAGAGACAGGACACUUUCAGUGGAACUGGCUUCUUCCCUAUUGACCGAGAAACUAAAGGUGCUUCAGCUGCCACAGGGGUCCCCCUGGAAAGUGAUGAAGACAGCAAUGAUAAUGACAAUGACCUAGAAAAUGAAAACUGUAUGCACACUAAUUAACGAAAGUCCAAGAAGCCAUAGGAGAGACUUUCCUGCUGGUGGUGUCUAUGGAGAUGAAGUUGUUACCACAUGAAACAAGUCUGAGAUGAGGAGUUUCAGAUACCAGAAUGUAAAUCCUUUAUCAGAUUUUAACUUGUGCAGUACUUGAAGUGAAACACAAUGAAAACUUUAACAGAAAUUGUCUCUUAAUACAUUUACAGUCUUGUAUUUACAAGCUAAAUAUAUAUAGGAAAUCACAAAUAAAUCCCUUUUAAGUUUG